AUGAAUUGGGCAUCUUUAAACAUGAAAGGAGCAGGAGGUCCGGGCAAGGCAUCGUUGGUCAGGAAUCUAAUAAAAGAUAACAAUGUGGGGUUCAUUUCAUUACAAGAAACUCAGAUGAGCAAUAUGCCAGAUUCAAAAAUCCGAGGUUUUUGGAAUAAUUCGGCCAUGGAAUACGUUAAGGUGGACGCAGCAGGGAGGUCUGGGGGACUGUUAUCAAUCUGGAAUCCAAGUUUAUUCAAGAAAAAUAUGGAAAUAGUAGACCAAAACUUCAUAUUGGUGAAAGGGGAACUGAUGGGAGAAAACACAGAAUUAGUGGUGGUAAAUAUAUAUGCUCCAAGUAGCGGUACAGAGAGAAGACAAGUGUGGGAUAAACUACUGGAUUUAAGGGAUUCAACUCUAGGUAUGUGGCUGAUUAUUGGUGACUUUAACGAAGUUCGGGUACCAGAAGAUAGAUGGAACUCCAAUUUUGACGGUAACAAUGCUCAACACUUUAAUAAUUUCAUUAGCACAGCAGGUUUGCUGGAGUAUCCAAUGUCAGGUAGGAAGUUCACAUUCAUGUCAGGGGAUGGGAAAAUUGAGCAAGACAGAUAG